AUGUACAAGUUCAUCAAGUUCAUCAUAACUGUGACCAGUGAUGAAUAUUCACAUUCAGCUGUGGUGAGUUUCAAGGACGCCAACGUGUCAUUGUGUAAAGUGACAAAAAAUGAAGCAGACGUAGCAGACGUCAUUACGUUGGGUUCUGGCAAACACCAAAUAAACUUACAAGUAUACUACCGAGUGCUACGUGUUGGUGAAUUUUCCUCAGAAGUUCAAAUUGAGAUUCCUUCAAACAGUAAAUGGGAUAUCCCAACGACUUUAACCAGCUACACAGAUAAUGGCUCAACUACACCAGCAACUUCAUUGUACAGCAUACAAACACACUCUUCUUCACUGAUUACAAAUACAGAUCUCAUUUCAUCCUCCACUCCAACUUCAACCACACUCUCCACCCACGGUAACACCACAGAAACAGAUUUAAUUUCAUCCUCUACUCCAACUUCAUCCACACUCUCCACCAACAAUAACACCACAGAAACAGAUCUCAUUUCAUCCUCUACUCCAACUUCAUCCACACUCUCCACCAACAAUAACAGCACAGAAACAGAUCUCAUUUCAUCCUCUACUCCAACUUCAUCCACACUCUCCACCAACAAUAACAGCACAGAAACAGAUCUCAUUUCAUCCUCUACUCCAACUUCAUCCACACUCUCCACCAACAAUAACACCACAGAAACAGAUUUAAUUUCAUCCUCAACUCCAACUUCAUCUACACUCUCUACCAAUAGUAUCUGCACAGAAACACAUGUUGUAACACCCACAACAUACUCACACAUCACUACUGAUGCCUUCCUUCCCACAUGGGAUAUAUUAGGAACUUUUAAAGUAACCGUGAUUGCUGUAGCUGUCACAGUAACAAUACUCGUGAUGCUAGCCGGGUUUUAUUGUUGUUGCAAGAAAGGCCUACGUUUGGGACGAGCAGAUCCUUCAGACAGCCCUUCCAAUGCAACGGAGAGAAGUGUUCAAAGAAUGGGAAACGCUACUGUUUGAACCAGCAGAAUACAGCUUUAUUGCAUCUACUUCUUGGAUGAGAGUAGCCGUAGGAGAAACUAACGGACCAAAGUUAAUAAAAAAAACUAACAGCGAUUAUCCCCCCCGCGAGACAUUAUUUCUUCAAUUGGGAAAUACUGAAGAAUGUGAGAAAAAAGAGCCAAGAGAGUUAUCCACUUCUAACGCUCUACUUAAGAAAAAAUUUUAAACAAUUAAUACAAACAUUGCAAAAUCUUCAGGAAAAUUAUAAAUCAUCACCUCAUUUUUAAAAAAAAAUU